AUGAUUGAAGAGAAUAAUGUGCCCAUCCCGUUUGCAAACGCGGGAUGGACGCGAAAUUUGUCCAAGUGCCCCGUGAGCUGCGACGGCGUAUGGGAAUACUUGGACUCUCACACAUCCACCGUUCGCCAGGCGCAUCGUGGUUGGGCGCUACACGAUGAAGGUUACGUGGCCAAUCAAAUGCUCAAUACGACUACCGCCGAUCCAGAAGUUGGACUUCUAAGAGGAACUUGUAAGCCAUCUAUGAAGACGGGCAGCGUGUACGAGGUCAUGGCGUGGUACGAGAAAACAACGGGUGACAUCAUCGGCGCUUAUUGCCAGUGCAUCGCAGGCGUCGCCGACCUGGCGACUACUGGGCGCAAUCAACCGCCUUCGUGUACGGACUUGCCAUGCAAAUGGAUUGUGCCCCCAGAAGCAAAGAAGCCAGCCCCUAAGGUGCCGUUGAAGGAGAUCACAUUUAGAAAGCAUAUGAUAAAUAAGCCACCAUAUGAAAAGAAGAAAAGGGAGUACAAGCCGUACAGACCAAGUGCUGUCCCACCGCACCAAACUGACGUGGAAAGUUUGAAAGAGAACUUGUUGGCAUGCUGCCCGGAACUUCAAGUGCUGCGGUACUUGGGACCAGCAAAUGAAGAACCUCAAAAUAUUGAUGAACCGUCAGAGAUUUUAAUUGAUGAUAAUGAGGACCUGCGGGGAGAAGGUGCUAUGGCACUGGUUGAUGCAUACUUGGCAUCAGUGAAGCCCCUAUGUCAAGAGGACAGGGACAGAAUAUGUAUCCAAACAGCAGGACAAGCUAGCAACAAAUCUUGGUAUACAGCCAGGAUUGGUCGUCUGACAGCAUCGUUAUUUAAGAGGAUAUGUCGGUGUAUAAAGCCUGAGGGCCUUCUUAAAACGCUGCUCUAUCCUAGUGAUAGGGCAGUGUCCGAAGCACUUGUAUAUGGGCGAGUCCAUGAAAAGGAUGCUGUCGAUGCGUAUGUAGCUAUUUUGAGGCAUCUUGACAGCACUGUCGAAGUCCUUGAGACUGGCCUUCAUGUACAUAAUAAGUAUCCAUUUGUGGCAGCCUCGCCAGCUAGGAUUGUCACAGUGAAUGGAGAAGAAGGCCUUCUCGAGGUGAAAUGCCCCUUUUCCAAGCGAGGAUUGACGAGAGAAGAAGCCUGCGCCGACAGAGCUUUCUGCUCCACCUUCCAGGACGGUGAAGCUAUUCUGAAAAGGGAUCACCAGUAUUUCUACCAAGUGCAAGGACAGAUGGCUGUUACGGGACAUAAGUGGUGCGAUUUCGUUCUGUGGGUUGAGUCGGGCAACCCAACCGAGCCCCACCAAAUUAAUGCCGAACGCAUAGACUUCGACAUCAAUUUCUGGGAGCAGGAGAUCCUUCCUCUACUGCUACACUUUAUGCGGCACACGCUUGUGCCCGAGCUACUCACGAAACGUGUGAAACGUCUAGGAAAGCUUUACACGUGUGGGCAGUAUGUGUCACACAAGAUGCUCCAGCGAGGAUUUUAUGUGUGUGAACCUCGGGAUGACCUCCUAGUGAAAAUCAGGAAACUUAAGUGA